AGCAUGCCUUUUCUCAUUAAUACCAGAUUAGCGUGCGACAGUCUACGCUCAACAAGUGAAGAGUGAAGAACUGUUAGUCAUCAUUUGCCUUGAAGUACCAACUAGUGCUAUAAUGAAGAUUGAGCGAUGUACCGGGAUUUUUAUAUUAAUUUGUGCAUUGGCCAGACUUGGGUAUGCUCAAACUUUAUCAAGAAGAAAUAGAAUAUGCGGUCCAAAUAAAUUCGUAUGUCAAAAUGGAGAGUGCAUAGCAAGCGAACUACUCUGCGAUGGACAAGCAGAUUGCAAAGACGGUUCUGAUGAAACUCAGGCAGCAUGUUCCGGUCCAGAGAUGAAGUGUUCUCCGUUUGCAUUUCGGUGCGCGUAUGGAGCAUGCGUUGACGGAGAUUUAAAAUGCGAUGGAAAAAGCGACUGUGUAGAUGAUAGCGAUGAGUUGAUAUCACAAUGUUCAGGAAGUUCAACAAGAAAUCCUAUAAAUAAUACCGAAUGUUCCGAGAAUGAAUUUAGAUGUGAUAAUGGUCAAUGCAUCGAUGACACUCUGCUAUGCGAUGGUCAUGUUGACUGCCAUGAUGGAUCUGACGAGACAUACGCUAAAUGUAGUUCUUUUAUUUGUCCGAGCGUAGUGUUUCGCUGUAAGUAUGGCGCAUGUAUCGAUGGCAAUAAAAGAUGCGAUGGAAGAAAUGAUUGUGCUGAUAAGUCAGAUGAGGAUCCUUUGAUGUGUCAAGGAUCAACAUCAACCACUCGUCCAACCAUCAGUCCACCAACAAGACCGACAAUAGUCACUCCAACCUGGACUCCACGGCCAUUGGGAUGUAUGGCGCCAUUGCAACCCACAAAUGGACAAUGGAAAUUAUUUGGACCGCAAUGUCCUGAUAAACGAGAAUGUCACAUCUCGCAAGGAACUGAACUAGAACGUGGAUCACGAAUUGUUUAUAGCUGUAACACUGGAUAUAAAAUUGAAGGAUCUACGGACGUUUACUGUGACUAUGAAGGGAAAUGGUCCAAGGUGCCUACAUGCGUUGAAAUUAGAUGUGAAGCACUCAAUACAAUUUCAACGGACCCUAUAUGUUCAUACGGAUCUGAAAGUGUACCGUGUGGAGCUCCUGUUUUACCAGGAACUACAGCAGCACUUCAGUGUCGUAGUAGCUAUCGUAAAGGUGUUCCUGCACACCUCUCUAAUCAAGGAGAAUACGUCAGAUGCAAUGAUAACGGUGUCUGGGAGCCUACUCCCAUCCAAUGUGUUCCAGCAUGUGGAGGUAUUACUGAUUUGAAACCACUCAUCGUAAAUGGCGUAAGACCAAACAUCACUGAUUUUCCUUGGCAUGCUACUUUAUACAAAACUGUUCGCGAAAAUGAGAAGAGAACAUUUAUUUGCGGUUCAACUAUCAUCCAGGAAAAUUUAGUCAUCACAGCAGCUCAUUGUGUUUUCGAUGAACAGAAUUCUCGAGUAGAGGACGCCAACAAAUUUCUAGUAGCAGCAGGAAAUCUCUUUCGAGAUUACGACAGCAUAUACAACAAUCAAAAUUUUGUACAGACUUCUGAGGUGAAAAAUAUUUACAUUAUGUGCAAGUACCAAGGGUUGGGUGGAAAUUAUGCACUAGAUAUUGCAAUAUUGCAAUUAAAAAAACCAUUUAUAUUUUCGGCUGUAGUUGCCCCCGUAUGUCUAGACUACAGAGGUGAUGAUAUCGCCAUUUUGGAGUACGGAAAUUAUGGAAAAGUUGCUGGAUUCGGUAGAACUGAGUCCGCAGAUUCCAGUUUCGUCUUACAAUCUAUUACUGUACCGUAUAUCCCAUAUAGCCAAUGCAUAUCGUCCAGCGAUCCAUUAGAGAACAGGAAAUUUAACACAGCUGACAAAUUCUGCGCAGGAUACACGAAUGGUUCAUCUGUUUGUGACGGUGACAGUGGCGGUGGAUUAGUCUUCAAAACACAAAAUCUUUGGUACUUGCGUGGCAUUGUUAGUGUAGGGAUGGGCACAACGACUUCAGGUGGAAUAAGAUCUUGCGAUAGUCAUGCAUUUUCAUUGUAUACCAAAGUUUCGACUCACACAAGAUGGAUACAGAGUGUAAUUUAUAAUAUGGCUAAUAACAAUCCUAUUCAAUCAUGUAAUACAAAUUCUUAAAUUUAUUGUAGGCAAAUGACAAAUAUACAUUUACAAGAAAUAAA